AUGGAGCUUGAUAUGGAUGACAACGAGAUGAUGAUUGAAGAUAAUGCUUGGGUUGACGGAAGCAAUGUAGUUUGGUUCUGGAACAUGAUUGAGUUAGUCAGGAUGGAGCUUGAUAUGGAUGACAACGAGAUGAUGAUUGAAGAUAAUGCUUGGGUUGACAUUAUGAUGUUUGGCACCUACCGACCCGUGGUGAAGUCAAAUCUUGCAGGCUGCACACACAUGUGCCACAGCAUUGGAGCCAACUGCCGCACCGAAAGAGCCUAUAAAAGCUCAUUUACGCAACUCACAGGACUCAGCCCCUUCUCUCUCUCUCUCUCUCUCUCUCUCUCUCUCUCUCUCUCUCUCUCUCUCUCUCUCUCUAAGAUGGCCGCAAGGUGUAGUGGAAACGUGACAGCCUUAGCCGUGGCCCUGGCCUUGUUGCUGCCUCUAGGCCUCUCCAAUGGCAAGCUCCAGGUGGGGUUCUACUCCAAGUCCUGCCCCAGCGCCGAGUCCACCGUCGCCUCCGUCGUCCGGCAGGCCGGCUUCUCCGACCCGACAAUCCUCCCCGCGCUCCUCCGCCUCCAGUUCCACGACUGCUUCGUCCGGGGGUGCGACGGGUCGGUGCUGAUCAAGGGCGGGAAUAACAACGCGGAGGUGGACAACAACAAGCACCAGGGGCUGCGCGGGCAGGACGUCAUCGACGCCGCCAAGGCGCAGCUCGAGUCGCAGUGCCCCGGCGUCGUCUCAUGCGCCGACAUCGUCAUCCUCGCCGCCCGUGACGCCGUCGCAUCCACCGGAGGGCCGUCGUUCGACGUGCCGACGGGACGGCGCGACGGGAAGGUGUCGAACCUGCGGGACGCCGACGCGCUUCCGGACGUGCACGAUGGAAUCGACGUGCUCCGCUCCAAGUUCGCCGCCAACGGCCUCGACGAAAAGGACCUCGUCCUCCUCAGCGCGGCGCACACUGUGGGCACGACUGCGUGCUUCUUCCUCCAGGACCGGCUCUACAACUUCCCCCUCCCCAGCGGCGGCCGCGGCUCGGACCCGACCAUACCACCGGGCUUCCUCGCGGAGCUCAAGUCCCGGUGCGCGCCGGGGGACCUGAAUACGCGCCUGCCCCUGGACCGCGGCAGUGAGAGCUUCUUUGACACCUCCAUCCUCCGCAACAUCCGCAAUGGCUUCGCCGUCAUCGGCUCCGACGCCGCGCUCUACAACGCCACUGCCACCGUCGACGUUGUCGACUCCUACUCCGGCCUGCUCAGCAACUUCUUCGGGCCCUACUUCCGGCAGGACUUCGCCGACGCCAUGGUCCGGAUGGGCAGCAUCGGCGUGGUCACCGGCGGCAAAGGCGAGGUCCGGAAGGUCUGCUCCAAGUUCAACUAAUACCCACCACGUACCGGUCGAUCCACAGAUCAUUCAUUGCACACGGUUGGCCCAUCCACGGACAGAACGGUGGGUUAGGUUAGGUGCAUUGUUUUUCAAUUAAUUGAUCAGUACAUUCUGCAGAUUUUACUGGGAAAAAGAAAGAAAUUCAAGUGCUUCUGUACAUGCUCGCCAAAAUGAAAAUUGCAUGCACAAAUUCAGCGCCGUAAGGCGCUUUAAGAUCUGCGCAGUUUUCUUUUUGAAGCGUGCGGUAUAUAUAGAAGCGGUGCCGAGGGCGAGAAGUUACAGGGUAUAAGAAGAUUUGGUCUGUGUUUAUUUGAAGUAUAUGCAAGUGGAGAUGUUAAUCGUAUUUUUGUUGGGUUUUGGAGAGUAUAGUAUUCAUUUGUGUUGUGUAGAGUGAAACUGUAAAGAAGUGUGUUGAGUUCAUUGCAAGAGAUGUCCAAUAUCGUGACGAUUUGUCCUCUGGCUUAAUUUUCUUUUGUU